AUGGCGGCCGAGCUCGCCCGCAUCAUCGCAAAAGACGAUGUCGUCAUCUUCUCCUACGGCGGAUGCCCGUACUGCAGGAGGGUCACGAGAGCGCUGGACGCCGCGGGAGUUCCCUACAACGAGGUAGACUACGACGACUGCGACGACGGCGAGGCCGUGCGGGCCGAGAUCAGGGCCACGCACAAGCAGAGGUCCGUCCCCGCGGUGUUCGUGAAGGGGAAGUUCGUCGGCGGAUGCAACGACGGACCGGAGCCGUGGAUGGGUGUUCUCCCCUUGCUCAACUCAGGCAAGCUCACGGAGUGGAUUCGCAACGGCGCCGCCGAGGCUUGA